GGAAUCCUGCCGUCUGCUUCUGCCUUCAGCCGUGGAGUCCAUUGAAAGUCGGAAGUUGGGUUUUAGUUAGUGAAACUUGACAAAAUGGCAGAAGACAACAGUUACGAGUCAACUCUCUGUGUGAAGCCCGAGGUUCACGUCUACCGUAUCCCGCCGCGGGCCUCCAACCGCGGAUACCGUGCUGCCGACUGGAAACUGGAUGAACCCUCAUGGAGUGGUAGGCUGAAAAUCACAGCUAAAGGCAAGAUGGUCUCCAUAAAGUUAGAAGACAAAAACACAGGGGAGCUGUUUGCACACGCUCCAGUCGACCAGUAUCCAGGUUGUGUAGUUGAAGCAGUCACAGACUCCAGCAGGUAUUUUGUGAUCCGAAUAGAGGAUGGCAAUGGACGUCAUGCUUUUAUUGGUCUGGGCUUUGCUGAUCGUGGAGACUCAUUUGACUUCAACGUUGCUUUACAAGACCAUUUUAAGUGGGUGAAGCAAGAAGGUGAGCUUGCAAAACAGGAAGCUUGUCAGAGCGAAGUACCUAAACUGGACCUGAGCUUCAAAGAAGGACAGACGAUCAAGAUCAGCAUUGGGAACAUCAAGAAGAAGGAGGCAGGUGGUGCCAAACCACGGGCGAUGGUUGGGGGUCUGCUCCCACCUCCACCAGGAGCAAAGACUGGAGGUGUCGCACCACCUCCUGCAGCACAGCAGACCAUCCCAGCUCUUCAGACUAACACUGACCCCCUAUUAGACCUCGGUUCCCCCGUCCCUGCAGCCCAGCCCAGCUCUGACGUGUGGGGGGAUUUCACAUCUGCAGGUUCUAACUCCAGUACAGAGGCUGUCAAAUCAGGAUGGGUGCAGUUUAGUUGAGUCGUGAGAAAACAUGCACACACUCAGAUUCCAUACAUUCCAUGGGCAGGACCAUUGUGGCAAAAAAAAAGAAAAAAAGAAACUAAAAGAGAAGAACUGCUAGUGAAACUUGACCGACUGAUUCACUGCACUUGUUCUGUUAGGAGUCUGUUAAUGUUAACUACAGCCCGAUGACCAACAAACUCUGAAGGAACAAACAGUAAAAUGUACAUAUCUUAGUCUCUUUUUUUUCUCCCGCUCCUGUAGUGAAGUAUGUCUUUUGAUUUUUAUUAAUUUGGGAACCACUUUAAUGUCACUGUUAGAGCCUCUGCUCUCUUAGAAAAGUGAGCAUGCUGAUGGUUGAGGGGAAAGGUUGUCUCAUCACACUAACAUGUGUAAAUCAAAUGUUCCUUUAUUAUUUUCCCCCUAGUUUCUAGUCAAUCUGUCCAGAACCAUAUUUGAUUGUUUCCCUCUAUUUUCCCUUUCUGCCACCAUACAAUUAUCUCAUUACACCAGCACCACUCAUCUCAAGUUUCCUUUGCCAUUUGGGAAAGUACAAUUUAUUAUUGAUUGAAGUAGCCCUGUUUUGUUUAACUGUCUCUGUGUGUGUGUGUGUGCGCGCCCUUUAAUUUUACAUUGAAUCUUCAUCAAAAAUACCAGGAUUUUUUAAAUCUGGGUGUUACAGUAAAGUCAUGUUUGCCAUUUUGUCUGCCAUUCAAAGUUUUGAAAAUCUUUUGUUCGUUUGUCUUUGUUCGUUUUUGUGUACACACUUUGUGUCUUUUCCUUGUGUUGCAUAUUUUUAAAAAGUGCCUUUUAUCAAAUUUAAUUUCAUUAAUCUUGUUGAGAACUUGUUGGGAAUUUGAUCAAGUGCCUUUCUGAAAAAGAUCUAAAAUGUAAACCCAUGUUUUCUUGUAAAUAAACUAUAUAUUUCAUUG